CUGCAACCUGCCCAUCCCGUAACCGUUUGCUCAGGUACCAAGGCAGGCUGUUGCUAGUGAAUGACUGGCUGUCUGUCUGUCUGUCUGACGACUGACUGAGUGACCCGACGACCUGGCUGGGGGAAAUGACCUAUCUACCUUACUUUCCCUGGUUGACCAACUUAGUUGAUACUCGACGACCCAAGGUCCAACAAGGCCCAAAAAUACUUCUGCCUACCUAUCUCAGACGUCCCGUCAUCCCUCCCCGUCCUUUCCUCCCUGGUCAUCUUGGACAUACUUUGUCCUACUACAUUUCCUAUCUAUCUGCCCACUGUCAACCCACGGACGCCAUUCUACUACAACAACUACUACCAUACCACCACCACCACCACAUCCCAACGCCAUCUUCUACAUCCACAUCAACCUAACCACAACCUCAACAACGUCAGUGGCGUUUGCUGGCGUGUACUUGGGUGUGCCUGAGCGUGUACAUGCGUUUGUGUGCCACUGGGUGAGUACGUGCGAGACAGAAGUCUCUUUCAUUUCCCCCCGAUGAAACCGAAUCCGCUCAACUAAGCGACCGACUUAUUAAUUCCGUCUCGUACCACCGACCAUCAUCCCUCUCAUCGUCACCACCCCUGCCGACCACAGCAUUCGUCGCUGCUUUUCUUCAUUGUUCUCUUCUUUGUUUUGCGCAAACCCCACCACAGAUUUACUCUUCUCCACCUGUCCGUCGUUCGGGGUCUACUCUACGCAGUUGCGUGCAUAGCCCGUCACUUGACGUUCGUCCCAUGUUCACCUGCAUGAUAUCUUGUGACUGGUCUGCAGAGUAGGAACAGACCCCGGCAGAGCGAGAGCUAGGAGGAAAGGGCUACAUUUUGAGAGUACCUUUGCCAAGUGCAAACAUCGGCCAAGUCUCGCAUGAACAACCUGCAGGCAAGCUGAAUGGGAUCAGCCAUGGCGGACAACGAUGUCCAGGACUGGGCCGAGAUCGAGGCCAGCUAUUGGUCCAACACGAUCAAGAACCGGGCCGAAGAGGACCGGGUGAUGGUUGGCAAAUUCGAGGACAAGACCGGGCCUAUGAGGCGCCAGCUUGCCCUGCUGUUUGACCAGCGGGAAGAACUUACAAAACAGCUCCAGGACGUCAAGAGGAAGUGCGACCAUGUGGAGGCCGACCUCGACGGCGUUUCUCUCCAAUUCGAAGAGGCAAAGCAGAUCAUGGCAGCCGACCGGGAGCGCAAGGACGAGAGCGCGCGUGCCUGGUUCAAUUACAACAAGGCCCGGACUGCGCAACCCCAGCCUCAACAGAACGGCACAGGCCCGCGGCAGAACGGAUACGCCAAGACCAAGGGGAUGAGAGAAGGCAUCGCUACAGGUCCCCGGGCCAGUUGCGAGACGCCCGAUCGGGGAGGAUUCACGACCGUCAACGAGAACGGCAACGGCAACGGCCACGUCGACAAGCCUGCGUCGGAUAACAGCUCGCCGCUGUCGGAGCCACCAGAUGUGUCGCCACCGGACAACAAGGCCCUGGCGGGCGCCGAGAUCUACGACUUCGAGGGCAACCGCGUCCACAGCGUCAAGCGCAUGUACCGCGAGAACAAGUUCAUCCGCCAGAUGAUGCAGAUCCCCAUCCAGCGCCACGCUGUCGUGCGUCCUGGCCGCAAGUUCACUCAGGAGACCAUUGAUAGCAUCUAUGAGCCGAGUGACGCCAAGGGAGCGAAGUGGCUGAGUUGCAUGAUCCAGGCAACUGGCGAGGAGCAAGAAACCCCUUGCACGUCUUGUGUGAACCGGGCGGGGACCUGGGUUGGCUGCGUCAUUGUUGGUGGUGAGGACUUCCCGCGAUGUGCCAACUGCGAGUGGAACCGGCAGGGAUGCACAGGCUCGUCCUAUCACCAGAUACGUUCACGGGAUGACGACCUGCCGCAGAUGGCCCGGAACGACCACAACUCGCCAUUCCUGGGAGACCACUCCAUACUGCCCUCUCGUGAGGGAAGCUCUUUCGGCGGAUUUACCCCCGUCAACAGUGGCCUCUACAGGCCUGCCGGAGCAGACGCUUUCGAUGGCUCAUCGAGCGUGCCGUCCAGGCGCAAGUCUCUUCCGAGCAAGAAGGGCGGCAGGAAGUCACUCCCGAACAUGGCGAUCAGGCACAAGGAGGACGGUGAGCCGAUGGAAGACCCGAUUUUGGGCCGCGAGGAGGCACAGUCUGUGGAGCCCGUCGAUCCGGGUCCUGUGAUUUCUAUGGAGACUCUCGUCCUGCGAGACAAUGGCGUCGAGUUCACAGAACCCGAAAUCAUGCGCGGCGUUCCGCUUGAGCGCAUUACCCCAGAACACCCCUACUGGGAUCCCAAGUGGGAGGUCCUGGAUCAGGUCACUCAGCAGAAGCUGGAUAGCUGGAGGCGGAAGCUCGAGGAAUGUCUGGCUCUUAACAAGAACCGCUUUCUGGCUGGUAGGCAAGUCAACCGCGGAAACACUAUCAUGACAUUCCUCCAGAAGACCGACUUCCACCCCUACCAGCUCGUCGGUAAGAAGUGGAUCACCAAGGGCCUUAUGAGCUACGACACUAUUUUCCGCCUGGCCCAGGUGAUUGAAGAGCUCCCCAAACUUGGGGUUGAUGUGACGCCUGUCGCGUGGGUCCGGCAGCGGAUGCACGAGCUCUACAUGGAGCAGGGCGAGGAAUUCAGCCUGGCCAAGACGGUCCACGAGCUCUACCACGACCCCAAGCUGAGAGCCCUUCGAACCAAGGCCGGUGUGGGCAACAUUGGGCGACCCUCAGGAGUCAAGAAGGGCAUGACCUCAAAGGAGCCAAAGGCACCAAAGGCCAAGGGUCAUGACAAGGACCCCGCCAACGGAACCCCCUACAAGAAGCGCAGACGCCAGUCCAGUGGGAGCCUGAAGCACGAGCUCAAGCAGGAAGAGCAGACCACUCCUACGAUGUCGCCGCGCAGCGCCAAGAAGCAACGACCUGACAGCAGACCUCAAUCGUCGGGCAAGCAAGACACGGAGCCGGUUGCCGCAGCCUCGCCUUCCCUCGCUUCUUACCCCCCAAGCGCCCCUGCUGGCGUCACCCAGGGUCUAAAGCCGACCGAGGGCGAGUUGGCUUAUGACGGGUACACUUCCACGGACUCGUUCAGUGGCGACCACAUAAUGCAGAUCGACUUCCGUGUCUCACAGCUCAAGACGACGCAGCACACCACCAACAUCAGCCACACGCAGUACUGGCACUGGGUCAGUGACAAGGCCAAACCAUACUUUGAGCACCAGGUGCUGCGCACGGUAGAGCCCGCAGCGUCGUGGGGUGUGUACAAGGAGCCGCUGGACUUCCACUUGCGACUGCAUGAGCUUGAUUAUGUCGAAUACUCCCUUGAGCCCGGCAGAGACUGCACCAAGAUCGUUGUCCACACCAAACCUGCCGCUAAACUGGAGUACCGUGGUAUCGUGAUGGCGUACUUCAAGCGGCAGAGGACUGUGAAGCGGUUCCUGGGCUUUAUACAGAAGAAGGGUGUCCCGCUGGUGAAGCGGCCUGCUGAUUACAUCGAGCAGCAGUGGGCUAGCAUCGAAUCCACUGUUCUUCCCCGAAGCGAGGACGAAGAGUAGAUGCUCCCCGACCCACGAACUCUUGAUACGUCACCUAUUUUCACUCAACUUCAUGUGGUCAAUCACCACUAGAGAUGAACAAUACCAGAGUUAUAGCGACAUUUGUCGUACUUCUGGCAGGUGCUGCCAAACUUCCGAACGACUUCCAUUGUCCGAGGACGGCCCUGCUCAAUUCGACCGAGCCUGCACAUAUCAGACCGACUCUGGGAGUGGCACGAGCCAGCUAGCUCGUGUACAUGUUCUUGAAAAGCCUUUUAAUACAUCCGUCAGAUAGAGGCGGCACACACACCAUCACUAAAUAUAUUCUUUUGUCUUUUCGUUGGGAAGGGCCACGUCUUUAGUGGUUCCUAAACCUCAUCAUGAUGAGAGACUUCCCCUACUACAAAAUUCAAAGAGGGGAAAAGGAAGGGAAAGAAAAUUUCUGGUGCGGAAGGGGCGUUUUGGAAGGGGGGCUCAUUCAUGGACAGGGUGGAAUGCAUCUUCUCGUGAGGGACAGGAGUUUGGGGUGUGGUGCACACUUUUUUCGGGCCCAGUUGUGCCCUACUUUCUUCAUUUCUUUAGGUACACCACUUUGGCCCUUUGUCCUCAGUCAUCUUCCGGGAUAAGGAAACCUACCGGAACAUUUGAUCCAUGAGUGGGGGUUGGCGAUAGGACUUGCAUUUUCUGGCUCGGUGCGUUUGGCAUCUUUCUAUUGCCUGGCAAGGCUUUUUCCACGUGGGGACUCUGGCGUGCCCGGCUUGGGGGCUUAGGUUCAUACUGUUUCAGGUAGACCCUCAUAGAUCCAUUAAUUCUUGCAUGAAUUGAGAAGAACAAGGGAAGAGAAGCGUUCC